AUGAAAGAUUGUUGGAGGUGGAAACCUACCCCCAACGGCUUGUUUACAGUAAAUUCAGCAUACAAAGCUAUCCGACAAGCAAGAUUGGAGAAUGGGAUUAAUUGUGAGCAAAUGGAUUUCAAGAAACUGUGGAAGGCUCCAGCUCAUCACAAGAUGAAAACAACAGCUUGGAGGAUUUUUAAAGGAAGAUUGGCGACGUGCGAUAAUCUCACCCGAAGAAACAUUUUGGCUGCUAAUUCGACCUCCGAUUGCAUUCUUUGUAAGGCGCAGCUGGAGGACCUAAAUCACCUAUUCUUCUCCUGUCAGAUUACUAUGGAACUUUGGAAAGAGAUUUUGUCUUGGAUUGGUAUCCAGACGGCACUGCAACGCACGGCAAAGGAGAACUUCCUUGCCUUUUCUAAUCUUGGGGACAAGGCAGAUAAUCAUUUUCUGUCUAGUGUUUGGAUCUGCGUGGUGUGGAGUAUUUGGAAAGCAAGGAAUGAUUGUAUAUUUAGCCAAGCGUCAUGGAACAAAUCUAAAGUGGUUACCGAGAUCAAGACAAGAACGUUGAGCUGGACGCAGGUUUACAAACAGACGCCACAGCCUUUGGACUUUAAAUCUUGGAUGAUUAAGCCUAAGGUGAUGGAGUGA